CUCCAGUUGAGUGAUUGUGGGGAGCAGUUUUCCCCAUGUGGGGUAACCUAGCGAGGCUCGCAGGUGGGCAGGCUGGCACCGGACGGCACGGCACCCGCUGAUGACCCAAGCCCCCACCCUCUCGGCGGCACAUGGCGCCCUGUUUCCAUUGGGGGGCUGUUCAGCGCCUGCAAGGAAGGAAUGCGCCGAGGUUCAAUUCUCACAUGCAACAUUUUGCAGCGUCAUCGCUUUCGGACGGAACGACCAAUGCCUGCACCCUCCUCCACCGCUGCAUUAUAAACUCGGACCCUGCCCCGACCCCCUUCAUUGAAGUUGUCAUCAUUUUUCCGCUCAUCAUUUCAAUAUACCCAAUUCAACAAGAAUCCCCUUUCCAUCGCCAACGCCCACCGCUGUCAUUUCCGAACCCCAAUCUACCUUCACAAUGUCUCUCAAGAACGACAAGUUUCCUUCCUCCGCGGCUUUUGACGAGAUCAACAAUGCGCUGAACGCCAGCGAGGCCGACCGCAAGGAUGCGAUGAAGCAGGGCAACGCCGUUUUUGCUUUCACCCUUAAGAACGCCGCCGGCGAGACUGAGAGCUGGAACAUCGACCUGAAGAACAAGGGUGCCGUUGGCAAGGGUGUUGGCGAGAAGCCGACUGUCACCCUUUCCCUCUCCGAGUCCGACUUUGGCUCCCUCGUCGCCGGCAAGGCCAACGCUCAACGGCUAUUCAUGUCUGGCAAGCUCAAGAUCAAGGGCGAUGUCAUGAAGGCCACCAAGCUCGACCCCAUUCUUAAGAAGGCUCAGACCAAGGCCAAGCUCUAAACGAAGAAGUUCUGGCGGGCGAUACGUAAUGACGUUGGAUGACGGUUCUCUUGUAUAAUACCAUUCUUGUCUCCUCCCGAGACAAUACCCCGUGGGCGGCGCAAAUCAUAUUGCUGUUUAGAAAUAUCUAAUCCCUGUCUCGGCCUAGCUGCUGUUUGUUGGCAACUCUUUGUG